AUGGAAAAUGCUGAAGUAGAUGGUAUACUUUAUCCUAGAAGUUUUGUGAGAGCGUUAGGAAGCCUUGUGUACCUAAGAUAUCUUAGUGUAAGGAACGUUUCCUUGUCAUUGAUGCCAUCUAUACAGAGCAUGGUGCUACUCCAAACUCUCAAAUUAGAUGUAAUCAGUCUUAUAUCCAUUCCAUCAUGGCUUUCAAGAAAUGUUCUGGGCAAGCUGGGACAUUUGCGGCAUUUGUAUUUACCUAUUAGUGAAUGGAGGACUGCUCCAAAGAAACAAAAAUUAAGGUUUGAUGGGUUGGGCAAGUUAGAGACAUUGGAGAACUUCAGUAACCUGUGGUGUGAAGCCAAGGAUCUUCCGAAACUAAUCAAUCUUCAGAAACUAAAAUUAGAAAUAUACAGUAGUUAUGCUGAUGUGAAAGAGACCAUGAAAAAUCUGUCAGCACUAGCCUUGUCAUCAUCUUCAAAUCUCCGGUACUUAGGACUUUCUCUUACUUUUUAUGAUCAACCAGUAGAGGACGUGAGAGAGUUGUUUUGGGAUUAUAAUUCCAUCCUUCAGAUGUUAAACAUAAGUGGUCAGCUUGCAGAAUUGGCUCAAUUAUUUGAGAACCAACCGCGGAAUAUCAAUAAUCAUGUUGUAGAAUCUCCAAUUCGUAUCACUUCCUUGACGUUAGAGUAUUCGCUCCUGGUAGAUGACCCAAUGCCAGUACUGGAGAAGUUUCCUACACUGCGUUAUCUGGAUUUAUCCUACGACUCAUAUGUGGGGAAGGAGAUGGUGUGCUCGUCCAAGGGUUUUCCGAAACUCACCAGUCUUAUACUGUGCAUGCUCCCCAACUUGGUGAAAUGGAAUAUAGAGGAAGGCAGCAUGUCCCUUCUCACCAACUUAAGGAUUGAUCGUUGUUGGAUGUUAGAGGAGCUUCCAGAAGGUCUGAUAUUUCUCACUUCUCUUCAGCAUUUAUGGUUAGACAGUAUGCCUAUAGAUUUCAUACACAAACUCUGCACGACAAAUGGCACACAAGGACAGGACUAUUACAGAGUUGCUCACUUUCCUCACAUUGAUAUUACUCAAUAA